AUGUAUCCACCACGUCGAGGCGGACUACCUGCAAGAGGUUAUGUUGGACGAGUGACCCCUGCUCUCUCUAGGGCUGGUAAUUCGUGUGCACCGCCGGGAUUCCCUCUUCGUAGCAUCACCGAGCUCUUGCAGGCGCCUGCACGACGAAACCAGCCGACUCUCCAUCCCGAGAAGAGAGAUGGCGCACUUUGGAUCUCCAUCGAGAAUGAGGUCAAAUAUGAUAUCAAAAAUGCCUUUACGAAUGAUUUUGAUGGUCCUUGGUGGAAUCUUGGUGAGGUUCCUCAAAAUCUGAAAGACAAGUGGUAG